CCCCCGCUGUGGCCCCGGCUCCGCUCCGCCCGUUCCGCCGCCUUCCUCCCUGAGCGCUGCCCGGCUGGCCGCCAUGGCGAACGUGGCCGACACGAAGCUGUACGACAUCCUGGGCGUCCCGCCCGGCGCCAGCGAGAACGAGCUGAAGAAGGCAUACAGAAAGUUAGCCAAGGAAUAUCAUCCUGAUAAGAAUCCAAACGCUGGUGACAAAUUCAAAGAAAUAAGUUUUGCAUAUGAAGUACUAUCAAAUCCUGAGAAGCGCAAACUAUAUGACAGAUAUGGAGAACAAGGUCUUCGGGAAGGUAGCGGCGGAGGUGGUGCCAUGGAUGAUAUUUUCUCUCACAUUUUUGGUGGGGGAUUGUUCGGCUUCAUGGGCAACCGGAGCAGAAGUCGAAAUGGCAGAAGACGAGAAGACAUGAUGCAUCCACUCAAAGUAUCUUUAGAAGAUCUGUAUAAUGGCAAGACAACCAAACUACAACUUAGCAAGAAUGUAUUCUGUAGUGCAUACAGUGGCCAAGGUGGAAAGUCUGGAGCUGUUCAGAAGUGUAGCGCUUGUUGGGGUCGAGGUGUAUGCAUCAUGAUCAGACAGCUGGCCCCAGGAAUGGUGCAGCAGAUGCAGUCUGUGUGUUCUGACUGUCAUGGAGAAGGGGAGGUAAUUAAUGAAAAGGACCGCUGUAAAAAAUGUGAAGGGAAGAAGGUGAUUAAAGAAGUCAAGAUUCUUGAAGUCCACGUAGACAAAGGCAUGAAACAUGGACAGAGGAUUACAUUUACCAGGGAAGCAGACCAGGCCCCAGGAGUGGAACCAGGACACAUUGUUCUUUUGCUACAAGAAAAAGAACAUGAGGUGUUCCAGAGAGAUGGAAAUGAUUUGCGCAUGACAUACAAGAUAGGACUUGUUGAAGCUCUAUGUGGAUUUCAGUUCACAUUUAAGCACCUUGAUGGACAUCAGAUUGUGGUGAAAUAUCCUCCUGGCAAAGUAAUUGAACCAGGAUGUGUCCGUGUAGUUCGAGGUGAAGGAUUGCCACAGUAUCAUAAUCCCUUUGAAAAAGGUGAUCUUUACAUAAAGUUUGAUGUGCAGUUUCCUGAAAACAACUGGAUCAACCAAGACAAGCUUUCUGAAUUAGAAGAUCUUCUGCCAUCUAGACCAGAAGUUCCAAACAUUAUUGGAGACACAGAAGAGGUAGAGCUUCAAGAAUUUGCUAGCACUUGGGGCUCAGGAGGUGGUCAGAGGCGUGAAGCCUAUAAUGAUAGCUCUGAUGAAGAAAGCAGUAGCCAUCAUGGACCAGGAGUGCAAUGUGCCCAUCAGUAAACUCUGCAAACAGAUUGC